CGGGCGGGCGGAGCAGCGGCCGGGGCUGGCACCGGCGGCGAGCAGGCAACAUGGAGCUCGCUCUGCUCUUGGCAGCACUCCUGGGACUCCUCAUUGUCAAGGCUCUUUUGUUUCAGCUGAGAAACCCGAGCUCCCCUCCUUGCAUCAGGAGCUGGAUCCCUUGGUUUGGAGCCGCGUUUCAGUUCGGGAAAGCUCCUCUGGAGUUUAUAGAGCAAGCCAGAAACAAGCAUGGACCUGUGUUCACAAUAUUUGCUCUGGGAAAACGGUUCACUUUUGUGACUGAGGAGGAAGGAGCUGAAGCAUUUUUUAAAUCUGAAGACUUAAAUUUUGAGCAGGCGGUACAACAAGCUGUCGAGAAUGCCGUCUCUGUUCCUGCAGAAGCAUUUUAUCAGAACCAUGGUAACCUCUACAGCAUGAUGAAGGGGAAAAUGAGUCCCUCUAAUCUGCACAUGUUCUCGGGCACUUUGUGUAAGGAGCUCCAUGAGCACAUGGCUCACCUGGGCACGGAGGGCACAGGUGACCUCAAUGACCUGGUGAGGCAUGUCAUGUAUCCAGCGGUGGUGAACACCCUGUUUGGGAAGGGCAUCUGCCCAACCAGUCCGAGUGAAAUCAAGGAGUUUGAAGAGCAUUUUCAGAAGUAUGAUGAGGACUUUGAAUAUGCUUCUCAGAUGCCCGAGUGCUUCCUGAGGAACUGGUCUAAAUCCAAAAAAUGGCUUCUAAAAUUAUUUGAGAAAGUAGUGUUGGAUGCUGAAAGGACCGACCCUUCAGAGACUGCCUCCAAGACACUUCUACAACAUCUCCUGGAUAAUUUACAGGGAAAACAUCUAGCUCCCAAUUAUGGUCUCCUGAUGCUCUGGGCUGCCCAAGCAAAUGCUGUGCCUGUUGCAUUUUGGACCCUUGCUUUCAUACUCUCGAAUCCUUCCAUUUACAAGAAAGUCAUGGAAGACCUGGCUUCUGUUUUUGGCAAAGCAGGUAAAGAUAAACUGGAAGUCUCUGAGGAGGCCCUGAAGAAGAUCCCUUUCAUUAAAUGGUGCACUUUGGAAGCCAUACGGUUGAGGUCUCCAGGUGCAAUCACCAAGAAAGUCAUAAACCCAAUUAGAAUUAAGAAUUUCACCAUUCCUGCAGGUGACAUGCUGAUGUUGUCACCAUAUUGGUUGCACCGGAAUCCAAAAUAUUUUCCUGACCCAGAAACAUUCAAACCUGAUCGUUGGAAAGAGGCAAAUUUAGAGAAGAAUGCUUUCUUGGACAGCUUUGUGGCAUUCGGAGGAGGGAAGCAUCAGUGUCCAGGAAGGUGGUUUGCAAUCAUGGAAAUCCAGCUGUUUGUUGUGCUGUUCCUGUACAAGUAUGAAUUUUUGCUGUUGGAUGCAGUGCCAAAGGAGAGCCCUUUACAUUUGGUGGGGACACAACAACCCAUGGCACCGUUACGGGUCCGGUAUAAAUGCCGGGAAUGAAAGUUGUGCAGCACUGACUUUUCUUUGCCAGCCCAGACUGGAGGGAUGAACCACUGAGCUGCUUCCCAAUCCCACAUCUUCAGGCAGGUUCUCUGAGAGUUCUUGAUUUCAGCUUUCAGUGCUGUACACUGUGCUGUGCCAAACCAGUGCAGUUGUACCUGUGCUCUCCUGUGGCUGCCCACCUCCCAGUGCUUCAAUCCAAGCUCGCCUGCUGCAUUCAUAAUUUGUGGGUCAGUUAUUCACAGACUUUGCAAAUCUGAUAUACUAAACUCACCAACCAAACAUUCAGGACAAAAAGCUGCAGUAAUCUGGAAAUCCUGCAUGGAAGCUGUGCCAGAACCAGUGGAGAAGCAGCUCCCUUGGCCAGGUCACUGCUUCCUGCAGGGUGCUUCAAACGAAGGCCAAACUGUUGCCUCUUGCUAAGAAAUCACAUUGGUAACAACAAACAGACUGAUGCUGGUGUGCACAAAAUCCAGGACAGUCUGACAGAGACCUCUGGAUCAGCUCCACAUCCUGAUAAACUGCAGUGACUUGUGUAUCACUGCCUGUGUGGGCAGGUGAAGGUCUGGCCUGCUCUACCUACAACCAGUGCCAACUUAUUGCAAAUAAAAUGAAUUUGUAAUGGAAAAAUUGCAAGCGUUUGGGAUCUUGUUCCACUGAAGCAAGUGCCUAAAAUUUCUGCUGAGCUUUGCUCCACAGGAUUCAGAAUCAGUCCUUGCAUGAAUUUGCAAUAAAAGUUUGACUGUAAUGUUUGCCUUCCAAUAAAAAGUGAUUACAAGGAAA